CAGAAGAAGAGUCUUGUUCGAGCCCGUUGUGUCGUUUUCAAAAACUGCAUUUCGUAAAACGAGAAGAGACGUAGAAGCCGCUUAAAUGCAGAUGGAGGACAAACCCAGCCUGCUGCUCUCCUUCCACACUGAACCCAAACAAGAGUCACUGGCUUCUGAUUGUGACAGUGGAGCUCAGUGUUCAUUGGUGGAUUCAGAGAUGACAUCAGUGAAGCAGGAAGACAAAAGUCAAACACUGGGACUGAAUGAUAUUAAAUUUGAAGAGGAGGAGGAGAAUAUUAAGGAUUUAACUAAUCAAGAUGGGAUUGAUGAAAUUGAUACUACAUCUGGAGAGCAACAACAGGAAGAUUACAAAAAUAAGAAGUCUUUCCCCUGCCCCGAAUGUGGAAAAAAAUUCCUGUUUAUAUCACAUUUAAAAAGACACAAUAUCAUACAUACAGGAGAGAAGCUUUACUCCUGUUCUGAGUGUGGGAGGAGUUUCUCUCAUCUAUGUAACCUUAAAACUCACCAGCGCAUUCAUACAGGAGAGAAGCCUUACUUCUGUUCUGACUGUGGGAAGAGUUUCUCUCUACUAGGUUCCCUUAAAACUCACCAGCGCAUUCACACUCGAGAGAAACCUUACUCCUGUCCUGAGUGUGGGAUGAGUUUCUCGGACUCAAAAAGCCUAAUACAUCAUCGGCGCAUACACACUGCAGAAAAAUCUUACUCCUGUCCUGAGUGUGGGAAGAGUUUCCCUAAUCUAGGUACCCUUAAAGCUCACCAGCACAUACACCCUGAAGAGAAACCUUACUCCUGUUCCAACUGUGGGAAGAGUUUUAUUUCAUCAUCUAAUCUUGCUAGUCAUCAAAGAUUGCACACAGGACAGAAGCCAUACUUUUAUUCGGACUGUGGAGAGAGUUUAUCUGAAUUGGGUAGCUUAAAAGAUCACCAGCACAUACCUACUGGAGAGAAACCUUACUCCUGUUCUGAUUGUGGAAAGAAUUGCUCUGAUUUACAUAGCCUUAAAGCUCACUUGCGUGUACAUACUGGAGAGAAACCUUACUCCUGUUCUGACUGUGGGAAGGGUUUCUCUUACUCAGGUAGCCUUAAAACUCACAUGCGCAUACAUACUGGAGAGAAACCACACUCCUGUUCUGACUGUGGGAAGAGAUUUUCUACUUUACCAUAUCUUAAACGACACCGUCAAAUGCAUACAGGGGAGAAGCCUUACCCCUGUUCUUCUUGUGAGAAGACUUUCUCUCAAUUACAACACCUUGAACUUCACCAGCGUAUACAUACUGGUGAGAAGCCAUACUUUUGUUCUGACUGUGGAAAGAGUUUCGCUAAUUUCAGUAACCUUAAAUCUCACUUGCGCAUACAUACUGGAGAGAGGCCUUACUCCUGUUCUGACUGUGGGAAGUGUUUCUCUAAAUCACAUCACCUUAAAUGUCACCAGCGCAUUCAUACAGGAGAGAAGCCAUACUUCUGUUCUGACUGUGGGAAAUGUUUCUCUAAAUCACAUCACCUUAAAACUCACCAGAAGAGCAUACAUACAGGAGUGAAGUCUUAAGCUGAAGAUACACCUACAAGCCGCCAAAUGCCUCCGCUGCUCUGAAGGGGAUACUUGAGUGCAUGUUGUCACCACCACAAAUUGUAUAUGAGCGUGUUCAUCCCUUGAGUUUGAUGCCUCGAACAUUGCUUCCUCAUCUGAAGCAAGGUCCAUUCUGUAAAUACAUGAGUUAUUU